AUGGGAAAUUUAUCGCAUGUUAAAACCGCAGAAAUGUCAUUUUUGUUUGGAGUGACUCAGGAAAUACUAUGCUUAGAUUCUAUUGAAUCAACACUGUCUCACACCGAAACUCCAUUUAUCAUCACUGGUUGCCUCUUUCUGGGUGUUGGCUUUGCCAUGCUGCUCGUCUGCGGUUUGCUUCAACGUAAAAAUGUCAUCAAAUAUGUGCUCGAUCUGGACAGGGACCUUUACUUCCUCAACAUAAACAAGAGCUAUAUGUGGAAAGUGAUGUUUGAGAAUAGAUCAACCCUACCAUUAUCGGAGUAA